UUGUCGCUACCUUGCAAAUGUGAAGAUGCGGUUUUUGAAAACAGUAGCAGUUUUGGUUCCAUUGUGGUUAGCGGUAUCUGGCGAAAUAGUUCAACCGGAGUUACAAUUGCAUCCAGCAACACCCAGGAGAGGUCGAUUUCUGGGAUUGCUUGGGUUGCUUACUGGACUAUCGUUGGUCGAUUCCUUCGAAGAUAGUGAUACGAGAAUCAGACCUCCGGCUGGAAUAGUCAAGAUCAACAUUGGAAGGCCUCUGAUGGAAUCCUUGUAUCAGUAUGCUUAUAACCCGUAUUACUACGGAGCAGUUCCGACGAUCAAUAUCAAAAUUCCCCUUCGACCGGACAGCGAUCUUGAUGGCGGUGGAUUUGGAGGUGUGGGUUUUGGUGGAUUAGGUGCUACCUCGGUCACAGGAGUAGGGGUAAUUGGUGGUCAUCCAGGACAGUUUGGAACUCAUGCAACGACAAACCUGAUUGAGCCACGACCAACUUUCUCGGAUCCAGCGGAAUCGCCAUCCAUCGAAUCUGCCGAGGAAACAUCGAAAAAAUCUAAACACACGAAGAAAUUGAAGCGAACGAAGAUCUCCUCCCCUCGCAUCAUUCGAAGCACAUUGAGAAAUGAAAUACCCGAAAGCCUAUCUGAUGCAGAAGGCAGCCCUGCUGAAGUUACCACGCCAUCAGUCCUUAUUCCUACACCUAACCAGGAACUUCAUGACAAAUCUACCGAAGAGCCGUUGAUGCUGCAUGCCACAGCGAUUCCAGUCAUCGAGGAAAAUACCAUUACAACGCAAGGUCCAUUCCUGUCCAACCCAUCAGCUGACUUCCCACAGCCUAUCCCGCAGUCGUAUUUCCCCCAAGGGGACAGUCUUCAAGAUCCGUCCCAAAUCAGUCUAACGACGAUUGAACCCUUAGUUGAUCCGUUCAGAGCUAGCCGAGUUGAUCGAUGGCAGAACUAUUACGCCAUCAGCCCGGAUGAGUUUCGACCCAUCGCUAGUGUUUAGAAUCAUUUUCUUUUCAGUUGAAAUAAAUUCAACCCUCUAAAAUCCAA